AUGGAAAGACUCCAACAGUUCACUCUUUCCUACGAAGAACCUAUCUUAGCUACGUACCUUGCCUUGGAGUCUGGACGAGAGUCUGGAUUACGUACGCCACUAACCCCGAAACAGACUAGACACCAGGCUCUGACAGGGAGAUCCUCCGAUGUGCCUCCGUAUCCAUCCCCAAUCCGCAAUCCACAACAGCUCCACGUUUCAACUCCGACCCUAGACGAAGCAAAAGCUGGAGCCGGACUUAUGCACCUUGACCCGGCGGGACUUGGGUCUGGACGCUAG